GUAGACACUACGUCAUUGGCCAUUGUGUACACAUAAAAUCUUACAAAAGCUUGAUUUGUUUGUAUCGUUUCGCUAAAAGCACGUGGGUUAGCAGAGCAGUAAUUAUCACGCCUAAAAUAUUAUUUUAGAGAAUGAAAGACUUGUAAACUUGUUUUGCAUUGGAAAUUACCUUCUUCUGUCUGUAUAACGUAAUAUGUUUUUUUAAUAAAAAAAUUUUUUCGUGCGUAUUUCCGGCACAAGCAAAGAUCUUACACUAAUCAGUACUUCAUUUUGCGGAAGUGGUGUCACCCAUGGAAACGGAAGUGAUGCCACCCACUCUAAGAAGACAUAGACUUAAGGCGCGUGAAAAGCGCGGAUCAACAGACGAAUUAGUAGCCAACUUUUCGGGACAGAAUGGUGGUUUUUAGAAUGCUAAAGCUAGUGGGAAGCAGGAUGGGGGUUCAGAGAUUGUACAUAUAAAUGGAGAUACGCCGGACAUGCCGAUAAGAUGGGGAGAUAUUUGCUCACAAGACAAACGUGUGUGCCUCAGUGACAGAGACCUGGUCUAUCUCCUGGACACGAGGAGAGAGCAAAGGUCAACCAGAAACUGGAGGAGGCUGUUUCCAUCUGUACUUUUUACCUGUGCUGAAAGUGGCUUGAAAGAGCACCAAAACUGGUCCCUCACACCGGUGGAGCAACUGGCUGUUGCUAUGGAGAGAAGCUUUCUACGUAAAACAUCAUCUUUUUCCGAGUUGGACAUUCCAAAAAUUCCUGCUGGCCCAGCCACUGGAGGUGAGGAUGUUUCUGAAAACUUGCACAACAGGCGUGAUCCCAACAGUCGUCUGUACCUGAGUGCCAAAGAAAUCUCGCCCUUCCUUGAGAUACAGCCAUAGUUCUCAACACUACACUCAACCAUUCACCUAAGAAACGCGAUUCUACAGACGGGCAGUGUUCCCUGCCGUAUGUGAGAGACCAUCCCUGUGGUCUGAGGCCGGUCAAGCCAGUGCCAAUAUGGAGUCAGUAUCUCUCUGACCGCUCCUCUCUACCUGUGUGUGGGAAGAAAACGGUGGUAGGGGAGAAUGUCAAAAAAAUAUAAUUGAUGUCUUCAGAACGUCAGAACCUGACAGAAAUGUUCAGCUAUCUGUCCGGAGAACAUUCACGACGCUACCAUGUUGAAGGGGACAUCAGCGCUGCUUACUCAGAGAUGGUCAUCAACAGGAUCUGUCGGUAGAUUUGACUGGACGAAAGAUGAAGCAGACAAAGAGAUCAUGUGGACAACUGAGUGGAUCUGUGUGGAUCGGAAAAAACCCUCAUGUCUAGCUCAUCCCGAAUAUUCCCCACUAUUUUUAGCUCAUCCCCAGUAUUUUUUUAUAUGAUCCCUAUUAUUUUCGAGCUCUUCUCUAAUAUAUUCCAGCUCAUUCCGAAUACUCCCUACCUUUUUUUUUAGCUCGUCCCCAGUAUUUUCUAGAUGAUCCCUAUUAUUUUUCAGCUCAUCAAUAAUAU